AUGGCCACGCAGACGAAUGUGUGCUGUGCUGCUGAGCUCUACUUCAAAAUGGUUAAGACAGGGGAUUGGGUGUUCACCAGAGUCUCAAAAAUAGGUAAAAAGAGCAAUGGAAGUCUUACCUGUAACUACAUGUCCAGGGCCAGCUCCACUGUGUCCCUAGUCAAGGUUCAGGGCCCACUCUUCUACGUGCUGCAUCCUAUUCUGGCCAAGAGGACCAAUGUGCGGAUUGAGGACAUCAAGCACUCGAAGAGCAGAGGCAGCUUGCUGAAGCGGUUGAAGGAGAAUGAUCAGAAAAAAGAGGAAGUCAAAGAGAAGGACACUUGGGUUCCGCUGAAGCGUCAGGCUGCGCCACCCGGAGAAGUGUGCUUUGUGAGGACUAACGGAAAAGAGCCCGAGCUGUUGGAGCUCAUCCCAUACGGACUCACGGCCUAA